CCUGAGCAAAACGAGCCGUUGGAGUCUAUUUUCACCGUAAAACGCGAUCAAUCGAUAAAGGGUCAAUUCAGCCAACAACAACACUCCCACAGCGCACUUGCUAGCUAGCUAUUGAAUAGCAGCUACUGGUACUGGUAGCUAGGGCACAAAGAUAUGCAGGACCAGUCCUUUCGCAGCCGAUAACAGAGCAUUGCAUCAGGAACUACCGUGGCUUGUACAGGGAGGGUGGUUGCCGAUCGCUAGAAGUUCGACAGUUGUCAUUGAUUUGUCAUUGUGUGUGCUUCUCGAUUGAAGACCGUUCCGCGUCGCGUGGGGUCCUUCCACUUUUUGAUCCAGUGAUACAAUCACAAACGCUUUGAGUUUCAACUAGCUAGCUAGCUCAGCCAAAGCAAGCAAGAAACAAUGGAACCUGACUUGUCCUCCAACGGCGGAGACAUCUCGGUCAGUGGCAAUGAAUGCAUCCUGGAAGGCACUCUUUUAAAGAGGACGAGCCAUCACUAUUGGAAUGAGCGCUACUUUGUGUUUUCGGCAGACAACACUCUAUCCUACUACCAAAAGAAGGGUGCUGAACGAGCUCGACGGUCGUAUGCAAUAACCCGAGACGCGGGAUGUGAAGUAGGCAAUCUCUAUGUGUCCCAACGCCCCAAAAACAAUGGAAAAGAGCUCAUCUACUGUUUCAGGCUGUCAUGGAACAACAAUGAGGCAGGCGCGGGCAAUGGUGGGCUGAAUGACACCAACUUGAAUGAUUCAUUUGUGGGUCGAGACGAUGCUUCUUCGGUUGGCACGGGUCCAGAUCACCGAAGGUUGCUCGGUACUCCCGGACAGAAUUUUGAUGCAGGAGAAAACGUCUUGGACCAAGACAUUGAGUAUCUCUUCGACAAUUAUGGCGCUGAUGAAACAGAACGAUGUGCCUCUCCUGUGCUCUCGGCACCCAAUGGACUCCCUCUCAUUGAAGAAGACAAUCGGUCUGUGGAGAGCAACAGCAUUUUGAAUGGCAACAACAACAACAAUGGCAGCAAAGCUCCAACAAGCGCGAAGAAGAAAAAGAAAAAGUCUUAUUUUCCAAAGCCCUCCAAAGCCUUCAAGAACAUGACCAAAGGGUCGUCUAAAAGCAGGCAAAAGAAAGGCAAUACAAAUGAACAGGGCGUAGAGGUUCUCUUCUCGCCAGCUUCCGAAGAAUUCAACAUGAGCUUCACCAACGACAAUAUGGAUAGCAGUCUCAAGCGAACCGAGCGGGUACAGCGAUUGUACGCAGAACACAAAAUGAAAGAACGCGACAAGCUGCAAAAGCAAUAUAUGGACCAAAAGAGGGCCAGUAAAAAGAAACAGCAAAAAAAGAUCAUGCAAGGAACCAAGGUGGCCGUUGCUGCUUCUGCGGCAGCUGGAGUUGCCAUUCUCACGGCGGGAGCGGGAUUGGUAGCUGGCUUGGCUUUUGUUGGCAUUGGAAUUGGAGCGGCGGGAGCUAGUAACACGUCCGUGCUCGGACUUCCGAAACGCGGCGCCAGCAAACGCUCGGAAAUCAUAAUCGCUACUUCCAGCUACGAAGAUGCCAAACUGUGGAAGUCAACUCUUGACGCUCAUCUGGAGUAUGAGAAUCUCAAAGAAACCACAUGGGGCCGCAUUCUCUUUGAAGGCGGACAAGCCAACAAUGCCUUCCUUGCACGCGAGUUGGGGUCGACCUCUUCCGAGGAUUUGGGCGAUCGCAAGGGAGACAAGUCAUUCCUCUUUGAGCCGAGCACACAAUGGAGACCAUUGGACGGAUGGGCAAUUUCGUUGCUCGGAACCGGCAACCAAGGCCUACGAAUCUUUCGGGAAGAAAAAAGCAUUGUCCAACCUGAUUUCCGUGGGUUUCAGAAUCGCCAUGUGAAGCGAAUCUUUACAAACCUGUCGGUGGAUGGAGGCACCUGCUCACUACUCAAAUCCCACAUUGUUAUUCGCACAUCUCCAUUAGACGCCUUCAUGUGCAUCAUGUCCUAUGCCAGAAUGAUGCCGAACGGGCCCGACGGUUCCUUCGGGCCUCAAUCCGAGCAAGCAACAUCCUUCAGAAUCGUGGAGAGGGUGGAUGAUCAUAUGGAUAUUAUCCACGUUGUGUUUCGUCCUCUUUAUCUGUUUCCAUCUUGGACGUGUCCUCGUGAUUUCGUUCUUGUUCGGUACUGGCGCUUUGAACCGGAUGGCUCUUACAUUAUUUGCUAUGAAAGUGUGCAGCAUCGGGACUGCCCCCCCAUUGAAGGAUACGUCCGUGGCGAAAUGCACCAGGCUUACACCAUAUCCCCACCGAAGCAGGUGCUCAACCGGAAAACUGGAGCAAAGCUGGACAUCCAAUCAGAUGAGUGUCUCCUGACAGCAGUCGUGCAAGUAGAUCCUCGGGGUUGGGUUCCCAUAUCGCCCCUUCCGUUCGUUUCUAUGCGCAGCUACGGCGAUGCAUAUGGUGUUGCGGCUUUGAUGCAGCUACUCGACAUUCGUGACGCCAUCAAUCGCGAUAGGUUUGUUACCGUGUCGCUCGACAUUGAACCACCAACAAAUCACUUCCGCCCGAAAAUCAACGAUCUACCCCCAGGCGAAACAGAGGAACUCAGUAUCAAAGCUAUUCCGGCCGGUACGAGCGAGGUAAACUACGACUUCUCUUAUGCCUCGCGCGAAUCAUACAAAGUCCACGAUUCGCCCUCGGGGUUGCUGUCGAAUCCUCCACCCUUUGAUUUGGAAAAGUGGGCCGAACCGGACGCAAAUUCUUUUGUUGUUCGUGGACCAACCUAUAAGGUCGACAAUAUGAAGAUAAAUGCUGGGCACUCGAUAGCACGUCUGAUCGCGAUGGAUAUCCUUGAAGUAGACACGCCAAUCUACUCGGGCAUGUCGAAGCAUCCCAGCGAACGCGUGCAACUCGCUCUUCGCAAAGAGAAAGAGCUCAAGGCCAAGGGCCUCAAGAGUGAUGUGCCGCCCUUUAUUUUUAUCCUCAACAUUGUCAUCCCCGGGGAGCCAAUGUAUCAUGCCGUCUUUUACUUCGCUGUAGACGACAUGAGUGAGAUUGAUGGCACAAGUGGGACGCCAACGUCAAAGCUGUGCAAGGAGUUCUUCUUUGGAGACAGCGAUGAGUUCAGGGACAAGACAUUCAAGCUGAUUCCUCAAAUUGUUCAAGGUAAUUUCAUGGUUCGGAAAGCGGUAGGGAGCACGCCUGCUAUCAUGGGAAAGAAGCUGCGGCAACUCUAUGUGAAGGAUGAGGUGGACAAUCGAUUCUUUGAAAUUGUUCUGGACUGUUGCUCGAGUUCGGUUGCCGCUGGUGUUAUUCGACUCAGUCUCGGGUAUGCAAAGACUCUGGUUGUGGACAUGGGCUUUCUGUUUGAAGGUGACAGUCCCGACGUGCUGCCAGAGAGGAUCUUCGGAUGCGUCCGUUGCAAGCAUCCGACGUUCACUGAUGUUCGAAAAGUCGAGCCUCCAAUCUGCUAGAUCGCUACGUUUGCUGUUUGCGGUAUGGAUGUGCCCUACCGGUACUAGUACUAUAGUGGUUUUCAACUCUUGAGGACAAAUAAUAUUGCAACUCUAUUGUAAUAACAUGAUUACUUUCAAAUCUC